AUGCAGAGCGCGGCUGUCCCCGCGGAGGGGGCCGCCAAGGGGCUCCCGGACCUGCUCGGCGUGCCGCUGCAACAGAUCCCCCAGUGUGCUGGCUGCAACCAGCACAUCCUGGAUAAGUUCAUCCUGAAGGUCCUGGAUAGACACUGGCACAGCUGCUGCCUCAAGUGUGUGGACUGCCAGGUGCAGCUGGCCGACAGGUGCUUCUCCAGGGCCGGGAGCGUCUACUGCAAGGAGGACUUCUUCAAGCGCUUUGGCACAAAAUGCACAGCCUGCCAGCAGGGGAUCCCCCCGACCCAGGUGGUCCGCAAGGCCCAGGACUUCGUCUACCACCUGCACUGUUUUGCCUGCAUCAUCUGCAGCCGGCAGCUGGCCACGGGCGAUGAGUUCUACCUGAUGGAGGACGGGCGGCUAGUGUGCAAGGAGGACUACGAGACCGCCAAGCAGAACGAUGACUCGGAGACUGGGGCGAAGCGGCCACGGACCACCAUCACAGCGAAGCAGCUGGAGACACUAAAGAACGCUUAUAAGAACUCCCCGAAGCCUGCCCGGCAUGUGAGGGAGCAACUCUCCUCCGAGACGGGCCUGGACAUGAGGGUGGUACAGGUUUGGUUUCAGAACAGAAGGGCCAAGGAGAAACGGCUGAAGAAGGACGCGGGGCGGCAUCGCUGGGGGCAGUUCUACAAGAGUGUCAAGAGGAGCCGCGGAGGCAGCAAGCAGGAGAAGGAGAGCUCGGCAGAGGACUGUGGGGUUAGUGACAGUGAGCUGAGCUUCCGAGAGGAUCAAAUUCUCUCAGAGCUUGGCCACACCAAUAGGAUUUAUGGCAACGUGGGGGACGUUACAGGCGGACAGUUAAUGAAUGGGAGCUUCUCCAUGGAUGGGACAGGACAAUCCUAUCAGGACUUGAGGGAUGGGAGUCCCUAUGGAAUCCCCCAGUCUCCAUCUUCCAUAUCGUCCUUGCCAUCCCAUGCUCCUUUGCUCAAUGGGCUGGAAUACACAGUGGACAAUAAUCUGGGUAUCAUUGCUCAUGGAGGGCAGGGAGUCAGCCAGACACUGAGAGCCAUGGCUGGGGGACCCACCUCUGACCUCUCCACAGGAAGCAGUGUAGGCUACCCUGACUUCCCAACCAGCCCAGCCUCUUGGCUCGAUGAAAUGGACCAUCCUCCUUUUUAG